AUGUCCGACGGUUCUAAGAUGGGCCUAUUCGGCUCUAAGGACCGGAAUCAGGAACAAAAAGAGAAAUCUUCCAAGGACAACUCCCCAUCCCGUUAUGCACCAUAUGGCGUUGACAGUGACACUGAAACAUACGAUACCGAAACUCUGAGCAUAAUGGAUAUCAACGAUAUCAUCGGCGUACAGUCCGGCGAUCAGAUCGGCGAUUCGACUUUGGAGAGCGAAAUCGCUGCUCUUUCACAGAUUAUUACAGAAUCAAAGGUAGAGCCAAUCUUACAGUUAGAGAACUUAAAGCCAAUAACGCAACAAGAUUCUCUUAUGAUACCGAGUCCUACUUCUAGUACUGUUUGUAUCACAAACAUUGAUAAUAUUGAUAUUUCUAAUACCAAAUCUAAUAUUGUGUCUGAAAAAUGUACAGAUAGUAUCCAGAAAAUACAACAAGGGAUGUCUGAUCUUGUCUGUGAAAGUAAGACACAAACAGAAUCAUUAAUUAUCACAGAACAAAGUACUUUAGAGAAUACAGAUAUUGACUUUAUAGUUAAACAUGAUCAAGUUUCUGACGUAAAUAUUAACCAAUAUAUUGCUGUGUCUGCAGAUAAAGCACUUGGUGAUAUAUCUACAGUUUGUACAUCAGAAUUGUCUUCCAAUAACAAGUUACUUACUGAGAUUAAUUCCCCAACUAGCAUGUCAAAUGAUGAUACUUUACUGGAAACUGCAACUGAGAAAAGUAUUGUUGAGAAGAUGGAAGACGAAACCAUUGAUAAAACAAUUGACAGUCAAAAUGAAACCAACAGUAAUAUAAGGCCUAUAAUUAGUAACAUUAGUCAGAGUUUACAAUUGAUAGGAGAAGCAUAUAACUCUGAAGAUUCAGAGGAAACGGAUGUGAGUGAUUUGCCAAAAGAGACUACAUCAUUUUCUGUUUCUAAAGAAACUUUACUGCCAGAUGUUUCUGAAAAGCAGCUUGAGGAAGACAAUUCUGAAGUAACUGAUGUAUUGGAGCAAAAUACUGAAAUAUCUUCAGAGUUAAAUAAUACUGCAAAUGCGCCUAUUUCAAAAGAAUUAAAUGCGAAAGUAGAAAAUGUAGACAGUAAAAUAGAAGAUCCAAAUAUAAAAGAGUCUAAAGAUUCUGAUCAUAAUUCUGAUCAUAGUAAAACAUCGCAAGUUUUAGAGAUACAAGAAAAUAUAGAUGAUGCAUCAAAUAAAAUGACAGAAUGUAUUGAUAAUGAUGUAUUGAGUCACAUACAAAGUAAAAAUAAUACUGAAAUGGAAAUGGAUACAACUGAAGGAACAGUAUUAGAACAUCAAUCUUAUGAAAUCUCUAAAGAAAUUAUAGGUUUAUCUAUUAACACAUCUGACGUAUCAACAUUGGAAUUAACUAAAAGUUCAGAUGAAAAUAAAGAAAAUACUGAAAUAGAACCAAGUCUAUUAACAGCUGCCGAAACAGAAAAGCAAGAUGAUUCUACAACUUUUAGUGAAAAAAAGCUGCCAAAUACAGAAAAAGUAAAUGAUAAUUGUCGUAUUAUUGAUGAUACGAAGAAAUGUAUGAAAGAUGUACUUGAUUGCAAAGAUAGAGAUGUUGUUUCCAUAUCUGCAACUAAAUCUCAAGAACCUACUUUAACUGAAGUGCCCGAUAAGAAAUUACAUAUGAUAGAAGUGACAAGUAAAAAUAAUAAUUCUCAGGAAGCAGAUGUCAUUAAUAAAGGCUCUCAGACAACACACAAAGACAGUUCGAUAAAAACUAAAAUUAAUGAUUCUCAAGAAACAGAUGAUACACAAGAAAAAACUGCUACAACUUUUGAUACUCAAGAUAAUGUGGAUGCAGCUACUGCUAAAGAAACAUCUGUGCCAACGAAUAGAAAUAUAGUUCAAACUGCAUCAGAUACAACUAAUAAAGUAUUAAAUUCGAAUGAAGAUGUAUCAACAAAUCAUCCAGAUAUUGAAAAAAAGAAUGUAAUGGCCACUACACAAUCUGCAGAUAGUCAUUUAUUAUUGAGUGAAGGAAAUUCAGAUUCGUGCUCUAAAAAUUUAACAAUACAAAAUAAUAAAACUAACGUUAAUGAUUCUGAAGAAACAAAUAUUUGCCCGCAAAAAGAUAUUCUUGGACAAACACUUGAAACAUUAACCCCGAUUGAACAUGAUAAAUCUGUUAAACAGCUUCCUUCUAUAUCAGAAAAAACUGAUAUUAAUGAUACUGCGUCUAGUAAAUUUGGGGAAUUACAUUCUGCUCUAAUCAUGUGUGACAAUUCAAAUAACAUAACUGAAAAUAUAAGCAAAUCUGAAGUUGAAGAAAUAAAGUAUGUAGAAGAAAAGAUAUCUGAAGUGAUAUCACUCUCCAAAGAUCAUGAUGAAACUUCAAUGAAAAAUAAAUCAGAGAAAACACUUCAUCAACUUGAAUCAUGUAAUGAUAAAAACUCAUCAUUAAUUAAAAAUUUAACUAUUUCAGAAGAUGAUGUAAGAGAUUACGUGUGCAAUAAAAUAUGGAAAAAAGAUAAAGUCGUGAAAAAUACUACUGAGAUAUCGAUAAAUGAGACAGCAAUAAAAGUAUCAAAAUUAAACAAAGAGGAAAUUAAAGAAAUUGAGAAAGAGGAAAGUCGUAAAAUAAAUUUAGCUUCUGAAUCGUUAAUUCCAGAAAUAUAUAACCGGAAAAAUCAAAAAGAUAUCAAUUUACAAGAUGAUGAAGAUAAAAAACCAUGUGAAAAACCUAUAAAAAUAGAAUUGAAAGAAUCGAUUGAUGUUAAUGUACCACCGAUAAUCGAGGAGAAUGUUAAAUCAGUCGUUGAAGAAUCCACUGAUGCCAAUUUAAAAGAGGUACAAUCGAAGGUAAUUGAUAUCUCUUUAUUACAUGAAAGCUCGAACGAAAACGUGAGCGUCGAAAAGUUAACAGUGAAAUUGUCUCAAGAUGCAGAAAAUAUAGACAUCCCAGUUAAUACUCAAACUAUAGACGCUUUAGAGGGACUUUUGGAUAUAACUCUUAUGUCGGACAAUGAAAACUCUUCGUCAAAGGACAUGAAAACGAAAGAUAAAGUUCUAACAGAAGAAAUAGUAAAUAAAAAUAUUGAUAUAGAUCUUUUAUUAGACCCAGCAAAUCAAAGCGAAGCAAGCAUGACACAAAGUUCAGACUACAUAACAAACGUGAUUGCUAGUUGUUUGACAAACAGAGGUAAUGAAAUGAACGAAGCUAAUAUCAAUAUACCAAGUAACGAUAAAACUACCGAAAACGAGGAUAGUAACUUAAAAAUGAACGAAGAUAUGAAUAUGGCAAGUGAGACAGCGGAUAAUGAGAAGAUAAUAGAAGAAUCUCUUGGAACGGACAGCAAUUUGCAACAGAACGAUUUGGACAUGGAUUUUGAGAGCAACCGACUAGAGUCAGUCGAUUUGGGGAUAAGUGAAGCAAAGCUGGAAUUGUCGCAAGAUAUUCUGUUGGAGGGCGUAAGUGAAAAUCUUUCCCGACAUGCCGACACUCCUACCGUCAUCGAAAAUUCACAGUCGAGUUCGGAAAUCUCUGAAUUGGAAUCUGCGGUAAAAUUCUUACAAGAAUCCGAAGAGCAGACGAUAGACUCUUUGGUACUGUCACCGAAAAUGGUAGAGAGCGUCGUCGAAGAUAUAACGAAGCAGGCAAACGCGGAGCUUUACGUGUCCGAUGAGAUAGUCAAUUACACAAACGCCGAGUCCGAAUUAGAACAUUUGAAAGAUAAUGUGGAUACUAUUUCCAUCUCAGAAGCCGAGAUUAUAUCGGAAGCUGCUAAGCUGGAGAAUGAGCGGAAAUUCGCAACACAGAUGCGAAACGUUCCCAGUAUCAUUGUGAAGGACGCCGAAGAAGAGAUAAAUGAGACAAAGGUUCGCACAUAUUCGGAAACGUCGUUUGAUAUGGCUUCUGUCGCAGGUGGUUCCUUGAAUACGGAAACAGUCACACAUGUGAAACAAUCACAUGAAAGAAAAGAAACUGUAACUAUUGAAUCGUUGAUCUCAGGAGGUUUUCUGGAAAGUGGGUUGAUCCCAGGAAUGUCAAUAUUGGAGGAACGACUGAUGGAACCACCGAAAAUCGAGAUACCCAUUCUGGAUUCGGCUAAAGUGUUGGAAUCUUCCAUUAGUCCGAAUGAUAAUCUUCUCAUACCGAAGGACGCGAGAACUAUCACAUAUCCGAAAAUGUUGGAAUCACCGAAAUCGAUUGAUAAAAUUGAAUCGAAGAGCGCCGACACGCCGCGCAAAGACUCCGAAAAGCAUUCAGAUUUCGAGAAUGUUGGUUCGCCGAGAAUAAUCCUGAAGAUUGCGAAAUCUGCAAUCACGGACUGCAGCGAACCACGAUCGCCGAAGAGUCCAAAGAUUCGAUCAGCUACGAAUUCGCCGAAUCCAGAGGACAGUCCGGGUCAGAAGUUAGGAAAGAUUAAAUUGAAGCUAUCUAAGGGAGGCCACCCCUCUAUAAUAUCUAACGAGAAUCUGGACGAAGUCAAUCAGUGGCACACCACCGAUAACACAUCGUCAUUAUCUCCUAUCGGCAUGAAGAUCAAGUUGUCCAAAUCCGGCGAUGCUUCAAUUGUGGGUACAGAGAAACACGAAAGUUUGGAUGAUUCAAAGGAAACAAAAUAUAAAAUUGAAGAGUCAAAGAGAAUGGAUUCUCCGAUUGGUAUGAAGAUAAAGCUAUCCAAGUCUGGAGAUGCAUCGAUUAUCUCCGAUUCUAGGCAACUAGAUAUCAAAGAAUCUCUUACAAAGCACAAAGAGAAGUUGGAGAUACCGCAGGGAAGUCCAAAGAGAACAGAAUCACCGAUUGGCAUGAAAAUCAAACUCUCCAAAACUGGUGACGCUUCUAUCAUUCAGACCGACAGGCAAGAAUCUUUAGAGGAGCAUAAGGAAAUUACACAAAAGCGGACCGAUUCUCCAAUUGGCAUGAAAAUUAAAUUGUCAAAGACCGGCGAUGCUUCUAUCGUAUCUCCGGAUAUUCCUGAAGACUCUACGAAGAUAAAGGAAAAGCAGGACUAUUCAGAACUACCGAAAAGAACCGAGUCUCCAAUCGGAAUGAAAAUAAAACUAUCCAAGUGCAAAGGUAGUGCAUCUAUUAUUUCUGUAGAUAAUACUGAAGAUAUAAGAGAUAAAUUGGAGGUACCCGAUCCACCUAAACGUACUGAGUCACCACUCGGAAUGAAGAUAAAGUUAUCCAAAACCGGAGACGCCUCUAUUAUACAUUCCGAGGUCACAGAAGAUGUUAAAGAAAUAAAAAACAAAGAUAAAUCUGAGGUAUCGCAAGAUACUGUGAAAACGUCCGAGUCUUCUGGAAUCAAGAUCAAAGUGAAGACGAGCGAAGCAGCGUCGUCAGGAUCACUGGAUGUUACCGAGGAGCAAAAUGUAUUCCAAAUUUCCGAAUCACCCACAGGCGGCAUUCCGAAAAUUAAAGUAUCCAAAUCUGGGGAUACGCCGAUUAUUUCUAAUAAAAUGGAAUCGACAGAAGAUUUGAAAUCACGGGAUAGUCAAGCAGAAGCACCAAAGAGAACAGAAUCUCCACUUGGCAUGAAAAUCAAGCUAUCCAAGAGCGGCGAUGCUUCUAUUGUGCAGAACGAAGCUAUUACUGACGAACAGCAAAGUAAGAUUACUCGUGUACUUGAUACGGAAUAUUCAAAAGGUGGAGACUCAUCACUCGGGAUGAAGAUUAAGCUAUUUAAGUCAGGCGACGCUUCAGUAGUGGAGACGCUUCCUUCCGGUUCUACCGAGAAAAAGGACAAGCAACAGAGACGUAGGGACAACGCCGAAUCAUCGCUAGAGAUGAAGAUUAAAUUGUCCAAAACUGGCCAUCCAACUAUCGUAGCAUGCGACAAUCACGGAGAGUCCUCCACGCCCAAAAGUAAGGAUUCAGCAGCUCUGGAUCCAGCAGUGAAUUUUUCUCAUAGGUAUAUGGAGCAUGCUGCAGCGCAUAAGGAACCCACAUUGAAGAUCCUUAAGACCAGCAGUCACCAUCCGUCUAUUCUGCAGAGCAAUCGUUCUGAACUGACGAUCGAACCAGUGCAGGUGCAAAGCAGAAAGCAACCAGCAGAAAACGUCCAGCAGCAGAUCGAAAUAUCGCCCAAGCGUAAAGACAUAACGAUCUCGCCAGUUGAGAGCAAAAAAUCUAAACUGGAGACGCAACUCUCACAGAUUUUACCAGAGGUCACCAUCCAACCAGUAUUGUGUCGGGAUCAGAAACAACAGCAGCAGCAACUGUUGUUCGAUCCAAAGACGAGUCUAAUUAGUCGACAGCAAAUGAACGUAAUUAACCAGGAGAUCAGUAUCACACAAGUGCGGCCAGACAGUGCAUCAGACAAGUUCAAGGAUACAUGCAAAAAUUCACCAGGUGGAUUGUCGGAUUGUGAGAUCAUCGAGCAUCGUCCAGAACUGAUAAUCGUUAACGAAAAUUCGAACUCCAGCCAAGAUGUUGUCAUUAUAGAAGAAGUAGCCCCUAACAGAAUAGCUGAUAUCAAGGUGCCAAAGAAGAGAGGAAGACCACGAAGAAAUCCUGUAGCACAACAAGUUCAGCAAUCUGCGCAAACUCUGAUGCCUAGAGAUCCCCUGGCCUUGGACGAAGUACAGCAAGUUCCUCCGCAACAAUUUGAACACAGAGAAAAUGAGAGACCUAAGAGAACCUGCAGGAAUCAGAAGAGUUACGCUCCGCCCAAAAGAGGAAGAGGACGAGGUCGCGGUAAACGGAAACUAGAUAACGUGGAACCUCCAGUUGGAAAGAAGACUCGUGUAGAUCAAGAUUUAUCCGCUAUAGAGGCAUCGACAAUGGCUGUCAUCACUAUCGACGAAACACCAGUAGUCACGAAACAACAAGAGUCACUUCGAAAAUCGUCAGAACAAUUGUACAAGGCGCUGAAACAACCGGCUGUAGAUCGUAAAAAUAUAAGUUCCACGUCAAGUCGCAAAGAAACGGGGAAAAAGGAUUGUAAAGCCUCGAACUCUGAGAUCGUGACGCUAGAACCUACCAGACUGUCGGAUGUUCAAGAAGAUGCAGAGAAGGCUACGAGUCAGGGCCCAUUGAUCUCGGAAGUUGAUGAACAGCCUAAAAAACCGACCUUAGAAAUCGUCUCUGAGAAAACGCAGAAGUCAGCGACGAAGCAACAUGCUGAAAAUAAAGGUAAGAUGUCAGACGGGAUUAAAGAAAUACCCGUACCUCCCGGACAUUCAAAUUGGCUGACGCCAACGUCGAAGAAGCAAACAGAUUCAACAGCCAUGAGAGGUGAAACAGUGUCGACGGUACAAGUAAUCGAUGAAGAAACAAGAAUGAGCGCCGAAUCCGGCUCAAGGUCUCAAACACCGGCUAGAAAUAUACCAGCACCAACUUCAGAAACAAUAAUAAAUGAAGAAUCACAAGGUAGUGUCCUGAGCACUGCUACGACGGAAUCCGAAAAAGUCAAAGUGAAGAACCGACGAAUGGAGAUCAAUUUUGACCCCGAUGAAGGACCUUUCACUGUUGAUAAAAUAGCCGAAUAUGAAUGGCCACUAGAUCGAAAGGGUGAAACAUUUAUGAUACAGGAACAGAUAUCACAGUAUCUUGGGGUAAAAUCUUUUAAGCGCAAAUAUCCUGAUCUUAAACGCAGAGUAGUUGAUAUGGAAGAAAGAAACUAUUUGAGGGAGAAUGGAUUAGUCAGUGAAGCAAUGUGCGAUAUGGGAUUAACUGCGAUAUGUAGCUCCGAAGUACUAGACGUAAUGUGCAGUGAUUUCCCUGAUCAGUACGAAGAAUAUCGCAAACAUAUGCGCGAAAAACAAGUCAAGGAACAUUCCAAGAAACAGAAGGAACUGACGGCGGCAGCGAAUGCGGAGAGAAACAGGAUAGAUCUCGCAGAAAUGGCAAUACAGUCCGCAUUUACAUGGAACGCUAAUUUGAAUAAAGCUCGCAAAGAACAACGCAAAUACUGUUUGGAUUUGCAGACUUUCACAAUUCAUCAACCACAGAAGCAACACAAAACCGAUUUGGAACACAAAGUUGGUCAUUAUCCUGUUGCUCUGAUACCAGGACAAUAUACUGAUUAUUAUCGAGAAUAUACACCAGCAGAGUUGAGGUAUUAUCCACUAAAUACGGUCUUAUAUGGACCUACACGGCCUAAUGAACGUAAAAGUGAUAGUCAAUCAGAAGGUUCUCAGAGUGAUAGUGAUAGCGAAUCAUCUUCCGAUGAUUCAAGUUCAUCCUCCAGCGAAGGUACACAAGAUACAGAAGGAUCUCAAUCGACCAUGGACGAAGUGGACAUGGAAAUCUCGAACUCAAAGGAUGACGCAAAGUUAAAAUGCAAGAUGUGCCUAAAAGUUUCAAAUAAACAUAACAAGAACGAAAUAUUAAUUCAAUGUGGUACUUGCAAUGGAAAUGUUCAUCCAUCCUGUAUAGAUGUAACAUUAGAUAUGGUACCACACAUUCAGUCAUAUGCAUGGCAAUGUACUGAUUGUAAGACAUGUGUACAAUGUCACGAUCCUGCAGACGAAGACAAAAUGCUCUUCUGUGAUAUGUGCGAUCGUGGAUAUCAUAUCUAUUGUGUUGGUUUGCGACGAGUACCACAGGGAAGAUGGCAUUGUCAGGAAUGUGCUGUAUGCGCGAAUUGCGGUUCGAGAGAGGCCGGCGGUGCUAAUUCAGACCGCAAUAGCGUUGCGCAAUGGCAACACGAAUAUAAAAAGGGCGAAAAAAAUACUCGAAUAUAUGUCUCAACACUCUGUGUACCAUGUUCGAAGCUGUGGCGAAAGGGUCGCUAUUGCCCGCACUGCAGUCGCUGUCAUACCGCCCAAAGGCUCGACCUGGAAGCGAAUCUAGUGCAUUGCAGCGCAUGUGACAAGUAUCUGCACUUAGAAUGCGUGGAGACCAAGGGAGUAGUGGUUGACAAGAAAAAUUAUCAAUGUGAUUUUUGUACACCGUCGACCAGCCAGCAUGUAAAGCCUUUAAUGUCGAAGGUGCUCAAAACGUGAAUAUAAUUAUUGUAACAUUGCAGAAGAAAAAAAAAAUAUCGUGCUGUAUAAUACCAAUGCCAGUGGUGUAUAUUAUAUUAUUAUAUUAAAGUAAAUAAGUUUUUUAUUAAGUGCGUUUGUGGACAAAUGCGCGUAAGAUUUUCUUUUGGAGUACUUCAUGACAAACGAGUUACAUUGUACAUAGUUGCGGAAUGAGUCAUUUAACUUUUAAUUAUGAAUUUUUAACAUAUUGUUUAUC